CCAUCGAAUUUGUUUACGGAACAGGGGGCGGCCAUUUUUUUCUUAAAAAACCCCUCAAAGUUUCUUAUAUUAUGUACUCGCCCGGAUAAAUUUUCUCAAAAUUCCGGUACCGGAAAAAAUCCAGUCGGGUCAAAAUGGGUGUUGCAUGGGACGAUGUUGUUUUGAUUGAACAUGCUGUGAAAACGGGUGACCCGACUGUUAUAACCAUAAAUUGCCCCGAUAAAACUGGGCUUGGAUGUGAUUUAUGUAGAAUUGUUCUUGAAUUUGGACUUUAUGUUACUCGUGGAGAUUUUGCCACCGAUGGGAAAUGGUGUUACAUAGUACUAUGGGUUGUCCCACGUCCAAGCUCGCUAAAGGUUGAUUGGGGAAGCUUGAAAAAUAGGCUUGUGUCUACAUGCCCCUCAUGCAUGAUUUCGUUUUACCUAAGCCAACAAUCUACCGCUUCUCCACCUCCUACAGUUUACCUAUUGAAGGUGUUUUGCCUAGACAGGAAAGGGUUGCUACAUGAUGUUACUAAGAUCCUUUGCGAGCUUGAGCUAACAAUUCAAAGAGUAAAAGUUAUGACAACACCGGACGACAAAGUUUUGGAUCUCUUCUUCAUAACAGAUAGCAUGGACUUGUUGCACACGAAACAAAGACGAGAUGAGACAUGUGAACAUCUAAGCGAUGUUUUGGGAGAAUAUUGCAUUAGCUGUGAACUUCAGUUGUCGGGGACUGAAUGUGAAGUUCAGCAAGGAUGCCCUUCUCUUCCACAAGAAGUUGCAGAAGAAUUGUUUAGUUGUGAAUUGUCCAAGGAAGCAGUUCCCAUGUCAUCUGCUUCUGAUACGGCAAAAUUAAAGAAGGCAACCAUCACUGUGGAUAACUUAUUGAGCCCCGGCCAUACGUUGCUUCAAAUACAAUGUGUUGAUCAAAAGGGCCUCAUCUAUGACAUUUUGAGGACUUCAAAGGACUGUGAUAUUCAGAUUGCUUUUGGAAGAAUCCAGUCUACCGCCAAGGGUUAUCGCACUAUAGACCUAUUUAUCCAGAGAACAGAUGGGAAAAAGAUUAUCGAUGAUGAGAACAUAAAAUAUUUGUGUUCUCGCUUGAAGGAAGAGAUGCUUCAUCCACUUCGAGUCACUGUUGCUAGUCGUGGCCCAGAUACAGAACUACUGGUUGCCAAUCCUGUUGAGUUAUCUGGAAAGGGAAGGCCGCGUGUUUUCUAUGAUGUCACAUUUGCCUUAAAAAAGCUCGGAAUCUGUAUUUUCUCUGCCGCAAUUGCAAGGCAUUCAACAGCAGAGCGGCAGUGGGAAGUCUAUAGGUUCCGUUUGGAUGAAAGGCCAGAGUAUCCGUUAGCCAGCAGGCGAGCUAGAACCGAAAUCGUGGAUAGAGUGAAAAAAACACUAAUGGGCUGGUGAAAAGUCAAAAUGUACCAUGGCACCAAGUCUUUAAACUCAGCUCAGCAACGUCCAACGGUCACCAUGUAUAUAUAUCUGCAAGAAAACUAACAGAAGCUUAAGGAGAACCCCGAGCCAUCGGAGAACCAUCGCCUCUGAGAGCUGAUUCUGUGACUUUAUCUAGGCUUCUUUGGGUUGACAGCUGUAUGAGCUUUACGAGAGGUUGCAAUGUAAUACCUCUGCUUUAAUCUUAUGUUUGUCUUUACUAUCUUGACAUAAUAGAAUCUCCUUUAUUUCACCAUUUCUUUUCCCUUUCUGCAUAUUCUGUUGUUAUGGGUAGUGUGCAUGGUUUAUUCCAAGAUAGAAUGUAUAUAUAGGUAAUGUUUUUCUA